AUGUCGAAGGCCGUCUAUAUUUCGCCCAUUGAUGGCAAGCCUGGCAAGCCGGGCCAGGUGUACUACCCGCUCACCGUGCGCACUCUGCCCCAACCUUCCCCGCAAGGGCGCGAGCUGCUGGUGAAGCUAUCAGCCGCCUCGCUCAACCACCGCGACCUCUUCCUCCGCCAACACCUAUACCCCGGCGUAACUUUCGAUGUUCCUUUACUGGCAGAUGGCGUGGGCACCGUUGUCGGCGCUGGCCCUGACGUGUCCAGCGCAGAGAAGUGGCAGGGAAAGCGCGUCAUCCUGAAUCCCGGCAUUCCCCCCGAUGGCCCGGAGGAGGCUACUGGAUACCGCAUCAUGGGAGGUACCAAAGUCUACAACAAAGGUACACUCCAGGAAUAUAUCGCCAUUGAUGAGUCCGAAGUUGAGGAGGCACCCGCCCAUCUCUCCGAUGCAGAGGCCGCGGCUCUCCCACUGACCGGUCUGACUGGAUGGCGAGCCCUGGUAUCGAAGGCUGGCGAGAGAAACUCUAGCAAUGGAGCUGCUGUGCUGAUCACUGGAAUUGGUGGCGGUGUUGCCUUGAUUGCUCUGCGGUUUGCGGUCGCCCGUGGCGCUCAUGUCUUUGUGACAAGCUCUAGCCAGGAGAAGAUUCAGAAGGCAAUUGAUCUUGGCGCAACUGGUGGUGUCAGCUAUAAAGAAGAUGGAUGGGAGAAGAAGCUUCUUGGAUUGCUUCCUGAUGGGAAAAAGAACUUUGAUGCUAUCAUUGACGGUGCUGGUGGCGAUUCCAUUGAGAAAGCUGUCAAACUGCUCAAGGCCGGUGGUGUUCUCUCCAUCUAUGGUAUGACGGUGUCUCCUAAGAUGCCUUUCACUAUGCCAGCUGUCCUUAAGAACAUUGAUGUUCGUGGCUCCACGAUGGGUUCUCGCAAGGAAUUCAAGGACAUGAUUGAAUUUGUCAAAGCCAAGAAGAUUCACCCGGUUGUUUCGCGAGUACUCCAGGCUGAGAUUGAUGACCUUCCUGCCAUCGACGGAUUGUUUGAAGACAUGAAGCAAGGAACGCAGUUUGGAAAGCUGGUUAUUGAUUUUGGCAAGGCCUCCACAGGCAGCAAGCUGUAA